GCUGCGCGCUCUGCGCCCAGUACAGCGGACUGCGCCGCCGGUCCCCCUUCAGCUGCCAGCGCUCGGAGCCGGGCACGUUCCGGACAUCUGACUUGGGUUCUGUGACCCGUGCCCACCCUUGGUUUCUCGCCUCUGGACCCUUCCUCCCCGGACGCCAAAUCAUCCCAAUUUUCUCCAUUUCCAGGGCAGAUCAGCUAAACCUUUUCCCUUCUUUUGCCUCCGACCACUCUCCCAGCCUCCAGCAAAAAGCCCAGUUCGCAUCUCCCCAAUUAUAUUGGUCUCAGAGGGGCUCCAUCACCACCCGCUGCCCUAAUUCACGCUCAUUCAUAUUCAUUCUCUUUCUUUCUCUCUGUCCCUCUUUCUCUUUCCCCAAAGACUCCUAACAAGACAGGCUGAUCCUCCCCAGUGGCACUCCCUUUCAUUCAUCCCCUCCCAACACACGCGCAUACACACACACACCCCCCACACACCCGACCCAGACAGCCCACUGCACUUUCCAGACGCCCACCUCCUAGAUACUCCCCUCCCCUAAAGAGACAUUCACCCACUCACCAUCUGUAGCCUCCUUCCGCCCCCCGCCCCGCCCGCCUAGCCGGCUCCCCCUACCCAAGAAGCAGACCUACACAGUGGGAGGCAGAGACCCCCGCCAGACGCUCGGGUCGUGCGCGCCUCACUGACCUCGGCCCGCCCCGCCGGGAAACUAACAAAGGCGGGCGCGAGCCCUGAGCCCGAGAGCGGCAAGCGGCUAGCUGCGGCCGCGGGGUCGGCGUGCCUGGGCCGGGCCGGGCAAGCGCCAGGCGGGGUGCUGCUCCGGAGUCAGGAAGCGGCAGCACCGGAGAACGUGGAUCUCGCCGCCCGAGCAACUCGGACACCACAGGCACCAUGGGCUGCUGCACCGGGCGCUGCUCGCUCAUCUGCCUUUGCGCUCUGCAGCUGCUCUCAGCAUUGGAGAGACAAAUCUUUGACUUCCUUGGCUUCCAGUGGGCACCUAUUCUUGGAAAUUUUCUACAUAUAAUUGUUGUCAUAUUGGGUUUGUUUGGAACUAUUCAGUACAGACCUCGAUACAUCAUGGUGUAUACAGUAUGGACUGCCCUCUGGAUUACCUGGAAUGUGUUCAUUAUCUGCUUCUAUUUGGAAGUAGGUGGCCUUUCUAAGGAUACAGACCUGAUGACAUUCAACAUCUCUGUACAUCGGUCAUGGUGGAGGGAACAUGGACCUGGUUGUGUCCGGAGAGUGCUUCCUCCAUCAGCCCAUGGCAUGAUGGAUGAUUACACCUACGUCUCUGUUACAGGCUGUGUCCUUGACUUCCAGUACCUGGAGGUUAUCCACAGUGCCGUCCAGAUACUACUCUCAUUGGUUGGCUUUGUGUAUGCCUGUUAUGUGAUCAGCAUUUCCAUGGAAGAAGAAGACACCUUUGAUUUCAUAGGUGGACUUGAUACACACUCCUACUACCAGGAUCAUGUUGAGUUAAAGCCUGUUAAACCUGUCGAAAUAAGUAAUGACAUUAACUCUGAAAUUCGGCUGCUGAACUUGACUUAGGGAACAAAGCACCACUGACAGCCAGCAUUCUGUGGAUCCGACCUUGUCACCUUCCUUCCAGAGAAUGGACUGUGCCUCCCACCAAUCGCGGAGUUCUUCAGUCACAGCCUGUGUAUUAUUAGCAUUGUUUGCUAGAUGAGUUCUAGGUGCUUGGGUGGGUAUUUUUUUAGUCAUUUUCUUCUUAUAUGAACCCUUGUAAAUUGUAAAAAAAAAAAAAAAAAAUGGUUUUUAAUUUUUUAAUAAUAUUUAAUGUGAGGCAUGCAAAAUGGGGGUGGGAAUCUGUGAAAACUUCAACACUCAUUUCUGAGAGAAACACCAGUGUAUUGUUAAGGUGUGAGAUCAGUGCUGCUGGCUGCAGAAGUAAUUCUAGGCCCAGUGGGUUUGCACUGGCUGCUGUUGCCUGUGGUCAUCAGACACAAAGGCAGACCCUGUGACAGGUCAUACAUGGGUACAAAUAAUGGGUCCAGCUUUCAGACUGAUUAUGAAUCUCUGUUUCAAUAUUAUAAGACAAAACAUGGAGUCCUCCCUAGUUCUCAACUUCUCAAAACACAGAGAAAUCUUAUGGCUAUCUAAAUUUUCAGAACUCAUGCACGAUAUCUUGUUCUUUUUGUAUUUUAAAAAAUUAAUGUAUCACAGGGGCACAUGAAAGGCCGAAAUGAUUUGUGAAACCCCUUUCUCCUUUAGAGAGAGCAAGGAACUCUCUGAGGUCCAUAUUUGCUAUGCUUUAUCCCCCUCCUAACACUCAUGUCAGACCUAAACACACAGUUCAUGGGCUGUGGGACAGAAAUCAUGGCCAUAAAUCUGUAAUCAACUUUGCUUCGAGGAUAUUCAAAGGGAACAUUAAAAUACUGUGGAAUUCUCCACAAAUACCUCUAAAGAAAAUAUUUAUGUUUGAGCUACAUCAACUUUUAUUUCUCCUAUCCUUAUCCCAAUAGCCAAGAAAAUGAUAUGGGAAAUGUUCCACAAUCUUCUGUGGAAAAAGGACUGUGGGAAAAAAUGACUGUUUUUAUUUUAAAUUGAUAUAAAAUUUACAUAUGAUAAAGUGCACUGAUAUUAAAUGUACAAUUUGAUUAGUUUUGGAAAAUGUGCACACCCUUGUAACCAAUGCCUCCAUCAAAACCAGAACAUUUCCAUUACUUUUGAAAAUUCCCUCAUGCUCGGUUUUUAAUCAAUUGCCACAUUCCCAAACAUAGACCACCACUGUGCUCAUUUUCAUCGUUGGUUAAUUUUGUUAAUUGUAAUGUAUACACUCUUCACAUUUUUUUUCUCGCUAUCUCUGAAUCACUAUUUUCUACAUGAAAAUAAGUUUCGCUCACGUUGUGUGGCAACCAAAAUCAAGUUUCCCGUUAAGUCACAAAGUUGUGCAUUUGCACACUCUUAAGUAUAGAGGUUGUUAACUUGGUCCGUGCAUAUAACUAAGACUGAUCUAAAAACCACCUAAAAUCAUUGCAAAUUUUGGAACGUGUGUUAAGUCUUUCUUCUCUGCAUUCUAGUUCUUCUGUCCAUAGAUUUCAUGUGACUCUAUUAAAAAUCAGAACUUAAUGCAACAUCACCAGGUUCCUCCAAGUCCAUGAUAACCACAGUGGGCUUCCUAGAGGUUUAUUUAACUCCUGUGCCUGAGAAUUGUGCCCUUUUGAUUAGCUGACCCUCCUUGUCUCAUCAUUUUUCAUUUCUACUGUAUAAAUCCAGAUUCAAAAUAAAAAAGAGGACCUCGGAAAUGGUGAAAUCCAAGCCACCAUUCUGCAGUUGAAGGCACCAAGGUUUAAGGGCUUUGGUGGACUUGUCCAGAGCCUUGCAUUUGUGCAGAGGGGCAAGAACUGUGGUUAAAAAAAAAACAAAAAAACAUGAAAGCCAAAAGUUGGGGCUUGGGUCCCAGUCCACCAUUGUGACCUUGGGCAGCUUUUGACAUCUCAGCAUCUCUCAUUUAGGAAGUGGAACUAUAAGACUUACCUUCCAAGGGUGUGGAUUUGACUGAAAAUAUAAAAAUAUUCUAGAAACUAUGAGACACCUCAUAAUUAAAAGAGGCAGUUGUUAUCAGUAGUGUUAGAGCAAUAAGUUGGGCCAGGUCUGGAGCUCUUGAGACCCACUCAAGUUUAUAAAAAGUCCACAGAAACAACCAACUCUUCUGUUCUCUAAAAAGUGAAAGAAUUUGUCCAUGUUUAAGCAGUGUGAAAUAAUGCAGAUUUUAAAUGGUACUUUUAAUUGAAAAAAUAAAUUUUA